UCAUCAACUGUGAAGUUUCAAACAUUAGACUCGGCAAUAACGGUGCACUGUAAUCCUCCACUCAACCAUCGUGUCUGAUCCAGGCUUCAACGCUGACCGGCAUGUCGACAACCUACCUCAUGAAAGCGGCGAGGCCCAUUCGCCGGGUUGUUGCUGGCCCCCAUAUCAGUGGGAGUACUUGGGGCAUUGCCUUCCGCCAGCGAUUCACCACUUCGGCCGUCCGAAGCAACAUCUCUGGAGAGAGCGGUGGUAGUAGCAAUGGUAAAGCACGCCAGACACGAUGGGCUUCGACGUGGCCUCCUGUAUCAGGAGCCAUUGUCAUCGCCACUACCGCCGGUCUCCUUGGCUGGAGCCUGUCAGAAUUUCGGCAUAACGGGUUUCCCGGAACUAUGUUGAUGGAUAGUAUCUACCCUACGCUAGACUAUGCAAGUCUACACGAGAUGGAGCAGGCUAUUGCUGAGAUCAGAAGAGAGAUUGAGGGCGAGGACAUCAUUUCAACGGACCCGGAUGACCUUCACGCUCAUGGAUAUUCGGAGUGGUCAUCAUCCAACCCAGAGGGAUUACCAGUUGCGGUAGCCUACCCCCGAUCAACAGAGCAUGUGUCCACAAUCGCACGGAUAUGUCACAAGUACCGCGUACCUAUCAUUCCGUACUCUGGAGGGUCCAGUCUGGAAGGAAACUUUUCUGCGCCUUACGGGGGAAUCAGUGUCGAUUUUGCCUUUAUGGACAAGAUCGUGCAGUUCAACAAGGACGAUAUGGACAUUGUCGUGCAGCCGAGCAUUGGUUGGCAGGAUCUGAAUGAGCAGCUGGCUAAGAUGGCGAGUGGUCUCUUCUUUCCCAUUGAUCCAGGCCCGAGUGCCAAAAUUGGUGGUAUGAUUGGCACCAACUGCUCCGGUACGAAUGCCGUCAAGUAUGGCACCAUGAAAGACUGGGUCAUCAACCUGACUGUGGUCCUCGCCGACGGCUCCGUCAUCAAGACCCGCCGGCGUCCACGCAAGUCCUCAGCCGGCUACAAUCUUAACAGUCUCUUUGUGGGCUCGGAGGGAACUCUUGGUCUCGUAACAGAAGCGACUCUCAAGCUGGCCGUCGUCCCCGAGGAGCUCUCUGUCGCAGUCGUCACCUUCCCCACGAUCCGCGACGCAGCUGCAGCAGCCGCAGAAGUCAUGCAACGGGGUAUUCCUGUCGCCGCCAUGGAGAUCAUGGACGAGGUGCAGAUGAAGGUAGUCAACAUAGGUGGUGCCACUGCGCCGCGGGUGUGGAAGGAGAUGCCGACGCUCUUCUUCAAGUUUGCGGGGACGAAAGCAGGCGUACAGGAGAACAUUGAUUUGGUGCAGAAAAUCACCAAGACAAAUAAAGGGAGCAACUUUGAGUUUGCCAAGGAUGCGAGAGAGCAGAAGUUGUUGUGGUCGGCGAGGAAGGAGAGUCUGUGGAGCAUGCUUGCUUUGAGGAAGGAGGGAGAGGAAGUUUGGAGCACCGACGUCGCAGUCCCUUUCAGCCGGCUAGCCGACAUCAUCGAAGUUAGCAAGAAGGAGAUGGACGAUUUAGGACUGUUCGCUAGCAUCCUGGGCCAUAUUGGUGACGGAAACUUCCAUGAGAGCAUUAUUUACAACCGGCAGAAGAAGGAAGAAAGGGACAAAGUGGAAGUGUGCGUGAAGAAUAUGGUUAAGAGAGCGCUGGAGAUGGAGGGGACGUGUACGGGUGAACACUCGAUUGGUUGGGGUAAGAAGGAGUCACUAUUGUGGGAGGUCGGGCCAGAUACACUUGGUGUCAUGAAAUCGAUUAAGCUGGCAUUGGAUCCCAAGUGGAUUAUGAACCCGGGUAAGAUCUUUGAUCGUCGAGCGUGACCGGGAGGGCGAGGAGGUAGGCGCUAGUGUUUAGACGAUGGAGUGGCCAUAAAAGGAGCACGACCAGGAGACGCAAGGUUAAUGGCUAAAGGGA